AUCGGACUAGUGCUGCAAAGCAAUCAAGUAGAUGCUUGUGGAAUGACCACUCACAAUGAAGUAGGCAGAAGGGCCUACAAUUUCUCCAGUUUCCAAGAGUAUCCUCAAUACUCGCAGAUGAUCCUGAAUAACUUGGCCUCAUUCCAAGCUGGCACUGCCUUCCCGGACUGGGGAUACAACUGUGGAGGCUUUGGCGACGAGUCUGAAGCAGCUCAUUGGCCACCCUUCUUGAGAAAUGCCACAGAGUACUUGUUGAAGAAGUAUGAGAAGCCAUGGAAUGAGGAUGGACAGCGUUUGGCUGUGUUUAUGCUUGGUGUGAUGUCACAUCAGGUGGCUGAUAUAUCAUGGCACUCGAUCCAGGGUAUUAAGAAUGGCCUGAUCGCAUCGAUGGCCGGUCAGGACUUCAAUGGAACCUACGACGUGGCACACUCCAACGCCGACGCAGGCGGUGAGUUUGUGCUGGCCUACAACUACAACUUGGACUUCUUGAGAGACGAGUGGUACGUGCCCGUCGCCGACGUCAAGGAGAUCUACUUCCAGAUGAACUACACCAAGGUGACCGAGACCGCACUCGUCGUCAAAUGUAACUCGGAGCUGUUUGCCGGUGCCAUGGGUGUGAAGACCGGAGGCAAGUUCCUCUACCCCGAGAUCGCAGGCAAGUCGCCCUUCCUCGUGGACCACUACCAGGACUACUUCAACGGUGGUCUCGACGACAUGGCCGUGUGGACCAGCUACUGCUGGCCCGUGCUCAUGGGCUGGAUGGAGGGCAACACCAUUGGUAACUUCUGUCUGAUCGACCCCGCCCCCAUCAACGGCUCCAUCUCGCCAAACGUUGUCCACGACUUUGAGCACUUGGAGGAACUGGCACAGGCUCAGAAGCUGAACCAGAUCGUCGCCGACAAGCUGACCAUGGCCGCCAUGGACCACGUCAGCAUCGAUGAGAACGGCAACGGUGGCUACACCUUCAAGUUCCAAAACGCUAAGGAGCUCCAGCAGGAGCUAGGUCUCGAAGACAACUUCCAGUUCCACACUGUGGACCGUGCCCACGAGGUCGAGGCCAACUUCUCCAUCAUCUUUAGCAACACCCCCUACUCAUACUUUGGUCGCGAGCUCGUUGCCGUCGACUUGAACGGUGAUGGUGCCGACGAUAUUGUUGUCUCUGCACCAGGCGACGGAGCCCCUGGCGCCAUGCAGACUGGUUGUGUCUACUACAUCAUCCUCGGCGAGAAGAACAGCACACAGUUUGUCAACUCUGGUGAGUUUGAGAUCAGCAAGGUCGCCAACGGAAUGGUCUGCGGCACAGAGAUACACGCCCGCUUCGGCUGGAGCACCGUAGUUGUCGACUUCAACCUUGAUGGCGUUCUGGACCUCGUGGUCGGCGCGCCAUCCAGUGGAAACGCCGAGCUCAACUACCAGGGCAAGGUGUACAUCUACCUCGGUGAGCUCUCUGGCGAGACCUACCAUCUUGCCGCCACCCCACUCAUCAUCUCUGGCGACGACUUCCAGGACCAGGCCGGUCAGAUGCUCUUCACCGGUGACUGCAACGGCGACGGCCACGACGACCUCAUCCUCGGCAUGCCCACCGCCGCCGGCGGCGGAGACCAGCGCGGCAAGGUCGCCGUGUUCUACUCGUCCGACGCUCGCUCCAACCAGUGGGCCAUGACCGUCGAGCAGAACAGCGACUACAUCGUCAACGGUACCAACGACUUUGAGUGGUUCGGCUACCACGUCGCCGUCACCAACAGCACCAACGGCAACAGCAUGUUGCUGGUUGGAAGCCCAACAUUCCACUUCCCCAGCGGCACCGACAUGGACAUGGGUAAGAUUACCGGUUUCACAUCUGGAGCCAACAACGAGUUUGCUGUCGUGCCCAAGUUCACGCUGACUGGUCACUACAAGUACGACAAGCUCGGCUACAACUUUGAUGUUGUGGACGGCGCCUUCCUCGGCAUGCAGGAGCCCCUCCUCGUCGUGGCACUCCCCACACGUGGCACCGAAACCGAGCCCCAAGUCGGCCAGGUCGUCGUAAUCGAGUUCACCACACUCUCGGGCGCCGUCAGCAUGGCCGACGUGUCCUCGCUGCUGGACAUUGGCGGAGACACCAUGUUCUCCCGCUUUGGCGCCAGCUUCCUCUUUGACUUUAGCGGCCCCAAGGGCCCAUUGUCGCCCUCACUCUACAUUGGCGCGCCACUGUGGACCGACAACCUGGACACGGGAUCGGGCGCAGUGUACACGUACCAGCUCAGCACAUCGAUGCACACCAGUCCCAAGGACGGCUCCUCCCGCUUGGUCUCCACUGUCGACGGUGGUUCAUACUUUAACAACAAGCAGAAGGACAGCCGAUUCGGAUUCAAGAUGGUCAUGGCCGACAUCAACAGCGAUGGCAAGAAAGAUCUAAUCGUUGGUGCCGACAGAGAUUCAUCAAUGGGACUGCAAUGUGGUUCACUCAACAUCUUCUUCUCC